AUGGCUGUGCCUACGCAGCAAAUGCUUGACGGCCGGGUGCCGAUGUCAGUCAGUUAUGAUGGCGGUUACAUUGCUCUCUCGUACAUCGUCAGUGUCAUGGGUUCAACUACUUGUUUGGAAUUGCUGCAUCGUCGUUCCUCACGAUCUGGGUUGCUCAAUUGGUUCAUCGGGAACAGAGCAAUCGUUCUUGGUGACGGCAGCAAUGCAGAACAAAUAUCAUAUAACAUUCAGUUCACAAUCGUCUCCCUGGUGUUACCGGUAUUAGUGCUAUCGACCGCUUUCUACGCCAUCUCCUUCGAAGAAAAACCCUCGGUAAUACGGCUUUUAAUAGGAGGUUUUCUUACCGGUGCCGCAAUAUGCGCUAUGCACUAUUUAGGCCAGCUCGGUAUCUCGAAUUAUCACUGCUCAUACAGGCCAGCCUAUGUAGUUGGUGCUGCUCUUAUUGCAACUGUAUCAGCUAGCAUUGCCCUGAGUGUAUUCUUCAGAUGGAAAGCUGCCUGGACAAAUAGCUGGUGGCGACGACUCGUUUGUGCAGCGCUGUUAGCCGGUGCUGUCUCAGGGAUGCAUUGGACAGCUGCUGUAGGUACCUAUUAUAAUCGUAUCCCAGGGUUUUUGGGUGUUGGGCAGCUGUCACGAAGUCAGACGGUCAUUAUCUGUGCCGCGUUGUCUUUCGCGGCCUGUAUCAUUCUUUCGAUUUGUGCAAUCAUCGCUGGAGGUCGCCGACAUCAAUCUACGACUCGGUCACGCCAGCUAGUCCUGUCCUGCGCAUUCUUUGAUCCUGCCGGGCGUGUCAUGGUGUCACCAGCAGCCCUUCUUCCGACACGAAAAAUCGUGGAUCGCUAUAUAAACAAGUCCAUGAAAGACGACGACUUCAGCCGUGCACAUCCUGCCUUUUUAUGGGCAUUCCGAGCAUCUCAUAAUUGGGCUUUGGUUAAAGGUAUCAUCCCAUCGAUGAAAAACACUCUACAAAGCAACGAGCUAGAAAUCAAACGACUUAUGAGUCAACGCGGCAUGGUCACCGAAUCAGACCAAGAUACAGAAUUCAACUUCGACACUAUUUUCAAACAUUUCUUUUGUAUAUCAGCCCAGAAUCUUGCGGAUGAGUUGCGUCUGCCCCUUUCGGGUCUUGGAGAGCUUUACCACCAAGUAUUAUCGACAGUGACUCAAGUAUCAAGGUUCGAGAUGGGAUCCAGAAAAUUACCCAGACUAGGUAAGGGGCAACUUAUGUUCACUGUACGCCAGUUGGAUGGACAUGAGGCAGCACGGUUUAUGGCAAAUGGAUAUCGUUUCGCUCCCAUUGAGCGAGUUACUGGCAUCUUGUCUCGUCGUAUACAUUUGUCACCAACAGAUCUCACUAUUCAUUUACAUAAAAUGCGUGAUUAUGCCAGCAGUGAUAAAGGUUAUUCGCCGGGCGUUCACCUUGUUGCCUUUGGCUUACGUCCCACAAUCCGUGAACAUUUCGAGGUACUUACUCGGGCUGGGGGGGGCAUGCCAUUGCCUAGUUCAACACUACCAGUCUCUUCUCUUAAGAAAAGUGAUCUGGAACUGCUCAAUUCUAUGGACGGAGGUGGAUUCACGGCAUGCCUGAAACAGCUCCUUGCUCUAAGAGGAACUACCGGAGGUAGCAGUGGCAGCGUUAGCAGCGUCGAUACUCUUUCAACGAUGUCAGAAGAAUCAUUUGCGACGCAUUUGUAUAGGGCCAUGCUUGAGUUAAUGACCAUUCUGCCUGAAAACAUUGCAUCAGCCGCGAGGUUUUCCGCAAAGCCUCUUCUUGCACCAUGUCAUCGACAAUCGCCGUCUGAUCCGGAGCAAUGUGUACUGAUUUGUUUCCGGGUGGUAUCUGCUUUGGACACUCGGUUAUCCGACACAAAUCUCACAUUCACCCCGCUAAGGCUUUUCAGAGUGCAAGAGCAAGUUAAUGACAAAAUAAGCGAGCGUGAACGGUUCAUUCGUGAAUUAAAUGCGGAGUUUGCAUCUUAUUCAGCACAAUCAACAGCAAACCAUAAACAGGAAGAGCCUCUAGCGCAACCUUUACGAAAAGUCAUAAUGUUUCCAAAUAGGAUAUGGAGCCGAAUUCAAUCAGGGGUGCUCAAUCAGAAGAUCCAAAAACCUGGUCACCUCCAGCAUGCUAUAUCUCAAGAAUCACUGGUUCGUGUUCAACAGCAACAGUUGGAAAAGAGUAAAUCGAUCUUUUCGUCUGUUCCAAAAUCGCCGUUGCUAGGCGGUAAUCCACCAACAAGGAAUGCUCUCAAUCCAUUCAUCAAUGAAAUUCUUGUGAGCAAAGAAGUGACAGUGGAUGUGGCACGAUUAGACGAUGUUGAAUUAACAGAUAUAUCGAUAAAACGAAGAUCAUCUCCAGAACAACCAAAUACGUCAGCGCAACAGAGCAAUGAUGCAAUCAGCGACUAUCAAGUUGAUGGAGAUGUCAGUUAUUCGACAGCCUCACUGGCUAAUACGGAGAGGAAAACGGUUAUUGAAGGUGGUCUUUCCAGAUUUGGCGCAACUUAUGUUGAUGAGUUGUAUGGCUUGUGCUUAGGCAGGGAAGUGAGAAUGAAACCCGGGUUUUAUAAUUCCGAUAGCACUGGAGAGAGAUGACCUCCUGUGUGUUUACAGAGGUCGCUGGGAUGCUGUCCAGAAUCUAGGGUUAUGUGUAUACGGCGUCUGGACUGGAUCUUUGGCAAUGAACUUUUGAAUCUGUACACAUAGUGUAAGAUUUCAUGUGCUUCAGGCGUAUAAUUUUAGAAACCCAACA